AUGGUGCAGGCGAGCAGCGACGCUGAAGCUCACCAGCUGCUCAAGAGAGAAAUCCUUAGCCUCGGCGGCGACCUCGACGAUUUCGAGCUACUCAAACAAGUUGAGGACGGCGAGGAAGAAGAGUGGCGCCCCAAAAAGGCCACCCAGGGACAGGACACCUUUGACGACUCCGAAUUCAAGAAGUUCUUCGCUAAGUUGGACUUUGCUGCUGCGAAAAAGUCGAUCGAACGAUCAAAGGAGUCAGAAGACGGAGAAGAUCAAACUUUCGAGGAAGAAGAUGAGGAGGAGGAAGAGCAGGAACCAGUUUCAUAUUUGGAUGUUUCCGAAAAACUUAUCGCUUCAGUAUCUAAAGCGAAAAUAAUUCCGAAGAAGUUUUCCCUGAUCCGCUUUGAAGAGGAGCAAACUUGGUACGAAGCUCGCGACGAUUUCGUUUCCGAGCAAAGAAUUCCAGAAGGAAGCGAAGAAAAGUCCCUUGAUAAGAAUGGAAAGUUUAUACGUGUUUUGCGCGAACGAGCGGAAAAGUUACUCAAGAAUGAGGGGGAAGUCGGCGCUGCGAAGGAGCGCAAAUUCUUUCAAAUGGCGGCGGAAUCUGGUACUCAAAAAGAUAAAGUAGCGGCGAUGGUAUUGAAAGUACAGAACGCGCCGGUCUCGAACUACGCGAUCCUGGAGCAACUCGUCAAAAUUGUCAGAAAGAGAGUGCGCCGUGAAUUUGUCUUGGCCAGCAGUCACGUAAAAGACCUCUUUCUUUCGAGCAUUUUGCCUUGCACACGACCUCUUCGCGAGUUUUACGAAAAUACGGAACUGCUUCUCUUCGCCGCCGAAAAUGUGGACACACAAGAUGGAAGUAAAGCCCUCCUUUUCGCAAUUUACGAAGACUACGCGAAGAAACAGUUUGGCUUCUUCCUCGACGGACUGGACGAGGUCCUCUCAGAUCCGAUUGAAGAAAUGAAGAUAGUCUCUCUUCAAAUUAUCAAAACAUUGCUUGAGGAACAGCCUGAAGCGGAAGUAAACAAAAUCGGUGAUCCAAAGAAAAAGGUCGUAGACCGCGCCUCGAAGUUUAUUACCGAUUUGCUUUUCAAGCACCCAAACAUGCAAGAAGUCGUUGGAUACGAGAUUGAGAACUUCCUCUGGCGCUCGAACCAGUCCGAUGCAAGUGUUUUGGCUGGAAUCAAUUUGCUAAAUCAGUUCGUCUUCUCGAGUGAUCGCCACGAGGUUCCAUCCAGACUGAUUCGCGUCUAUUUCCAAUUCUUUCAAUCCGAAAUUGCCAAGAAUCAGAAGAAAAACAAGAAAACAGAGCUCAGUCAGAAGAUUCUGUUCUCGCUGCUGACGGGUGUUAAUCGAGCAUUUCCUUAUGUAACUACCGGCGACGAUGCCGAUCUAGACGUUCAUAUCAACAACACUUUUUCUUUGCUUUCAAUUCGAGAGAAGAACUGGGUGAUCGCUUCUACAACUCGCUGUAUCGUCUUCUCUUACGCCCAGAAUUAG